AUGAACGGCUGGACAAGCCUGCUUCUUGUGGUGUGCUGUGGCGCACUUCAUGUGAUGGCUACAGAGCAGCCUGAAAAUCACUUCAGCUAUGUGCUUAAUCAACACAAGCAACUGUGGGAUCGCUUGGAUGAGGACGAGAUCGCGAGGUUGGGGAUCAAGAUGCGAGCUGCAAAUUACACGAUUAGCUACCUGCCGCAACCGCUUGACCAUUUCGAGGUGCAGACCACGGGCCAGUACCAACAGAAGUAUUACGUGGUUGAUCAGUACUGGCGCAAACCUGACGGACCAGUCUUCCUAUACAUUGGCGGGGAAUGGACAAUGAAUCCAUAUGAAUUCAGCAACGGUCCAAUCGCCGAUUUGGCAGUGACUGAGGGCGCCCUCAUUCUGGCGGUAGAACACCGAUUCUAUGGCAUCAUUUCACAGGAAUACAUGAAACUCGAUCAGUUGAACUACUUGUCGAGCCAGCAAGCGCUUGCCGAUCUUGUGUCAUUCCAUGCUUACGCCACCAAGACAUUUAAGCUGACAGAGAAGAACCUCUGGAUAAGCUUUGGCUGUUCCUAUCCCGGAGCGCUGACGGCGUGGUUCAGGCUUAAGUACCCUCAUUUAGUGCAUGGGGCCGUCUCGUCAUCUGGUCCGGUGCGCGCCGCAGCCAACUUCAGAGAGUACAACGAGGUAGUGACGUCAGCAUUCGGUGACCCUGUCGCACUGGGAUCUGAACAAUGCGUUUCGCGUAUCAAGUCAGCAUUCCAGGCAGUGGGCACGAUGCUGGCAAACGAACAAUGGAGUGAGCUUCAGCAGGCCUUCAAUAUCUGCCUCCCUCUAACGGACAUCAACGACAGGAAGAUGUUUGCAAGUACCCUUCAGGACACUUUCAUGGGUGCUGCGCAGUACAAUGUUCUCUAUGCGAGCACAAGGCCAACAGUUGGAGGUAUCUGCAACAUCAUGACCAACGAGUCGUUUUCGGAUCCUCUUGACGCGCUGAAGGCCGUGUAUUUCAAACACGUCGUCAGCGGACCCACAUGCACAGACGCUUCAUACAGUAACUUCAUCAACUUCUACCGCAACGACUCCCACGUGACGUCUACACGACCAUGGCUGUAUCAGACGUGCACAGAGUAUGGCUAUUACCAGACGUGCGACGCCGACACCAACUGUAUGUUUCUGGACCUUGUGGAUCUUGACUGGUGGCUUCAAGUAUGCAAGGAUAUCUUUGGAGUGGAGCUUGGAUCCGAGGUGCUGGAUCACGUCGACUUCACUAACUCGUACUACGGCGCUGAUAAACCCUGGGGGUCCAGGAUAGUGUUUGCGAAUGGUGAUCUCGAUCCAUGGCAUGCACUCGGCGUCAAAGAAAAUCUGGCUGAGUCUAUGAAGGCAGUAAUGAUCAGAGGUGGAUCGCACUGCCAGGAUACCAGGGCAACCACCAGUUACGACACAGAGGCACUCAAAGCUGGAAGAAUCGCCAUCAAAAAUGAAGUCAAGAAGUGGCUGGCGAGUCCGGGGUACUAUCAGCCUGAGCCUGAGGAAUGCCCUUCAUCGGCCGACCCGCUCGGGCGCUCUUUCCAACCCACGCUGAUCAUGCUCGGAGUUUUCUUGGGCGGAUGCUUGAAACGUUAAAUUGGUUCUCCAACAAACGAAGAGCCACAUUUGUGUAUAUCAGAUAUGAUUAAAUGCCUAAGCCGGUUAUUUUUUUCACGAAGACACCUUAGGCCCCAAAAAAGGUCUCCGGUUUCUGGUAUGGAACU